GUAUUGUUCCACUACACUGUAAAAACUGUGAUCAGGUUUUGAUAAUAUUUACGAAAUAAAUAAAAGUAGACUAUACAUAAUAAAAAUGACUGUGUGCAGUUUGCAAUCAAAGUGAGCAGAAUUUACCAAUUUUUAAUCAUUUAUUAAUAGCAUUUUAAUUAGUAUUUUUUAAAUAUAAAACCAACUUAAAAUCAGUGAGUAGAAUUUAUUUAUUUUUAUAAGCAAAGUCAAAACUGCAGAAAAUUGAUAAAUUUUACUCAUUGGAAGGUCUUAUUUUCCCGCCCAAGGCAUUUUUCAUCACACAACAGCAAGUCAGCCACCAUUUCACAGACCGUUGGCUUAAAGGUAAGAGCUGUUUAAUUGUUCUUAGGUAACGACCCCAGUGUCUGUAUCAGUUAAACAUUGCUUUGUGUUACUACAAAUUGCUAAACGUGCCAACUUUACUGUACUUUCAGUCAAAAUUAAGUUCUAGUGUUACUGACUGAAGUCAGUUUGUGUCGUCUUUGAUUCAACUAAAGCAUUGCAAUGAUUGAAAAAGUUUGGUUCGACUAAAAGCAUUGCAAUGAUUGAAAAAGUAGUGUGAAUUUCACAAUUUAAUGUGUUUUACCGAGUAUAGCGUAAUACUGUUAUAUAAUGGAUGUAAAGUACAAACUAUUCUUUUUUUAUUUAAUUUAGCGUCCUGGCUCCUGGCCACAGUCAAGUUAACCUCCCCUCCCCCCACCUUAACAAGCCAGCACACCGACACGGAGGAGCACACUUGUGUCUCAGUGAUCCAGGAUGAGUUUUAUCGAAUAACAAUGGUUCAUCUUGAAUCAAAGUUCAUGUCCAAGCUGGACGAAUUUACGCCUCAACUAUUAAAACUCUUCCAUACCAAGGGCGGAAGCAUGGGGCUGCAGUUGCAGGCUAUCUUACUCAAGACUCCAAGCAACCCAAAUAUCCACAUGAAGAGAGAGAUCGUCAUUAGAUGUUCGAUGAAGUUCCUCGGGGAAUCGUCAGAGCAACUCUUAAGAGAGUACGAUGAUGCUGAUGAGGACCGAAUACUCCAAGAUCUUGCACUUCAAACAUUGAAGAUCUACAUCAAACCGAACCCAUCAGAGGCACCAGACAUCGGUAUUGUGGUGGAGGGCGUCAAAGUGCUGACUGGUCUGGAAAAUCUUCCGAGGGCUUGCUCCCUUCUGGUUGGGAUUGCUUAUGUGUUGAAUCUCGCAUAUCCAAAGGAACUCAAGAACACAUUUGAAGUGUUUCAAAAACUUUUCCUUGGCCUCGAUGAUACAAAGCUCUCCCCAAAAAUCAAUAGCUUGAAGAACAGGCUACUGGCCUAACAGAAGAGACCUUUGUUGUGAAAUUGUUAAUAGUUUAACAACAAAGGAAAAUUCAACAGAUUAACAUGUUAAUCUGUUGAAUUUUCCUUUGUUGUUAAUUUACAAUGUUGUUCAAUUCUUCGUGUUGUUAAAAUAUGUUCAUAUGUUGAAUUUUUUCUUGGUUGCUUCAAUGUUUUCU